AUGGCAUAUACCAAGACACAUCCUUUUAUUAUAACAAAUCAGCCACAAUCUCGACCAAUGGUCAAUCCAUUUCAUGAUUUUAACAAUGAGUGGACGGUAGGCUUGUGUGACUGUUGCAACGAUGUCAGUCAGUGCUGUUAUGCUUAUUUUUGUUGGUGUUGUUUUCUUGGAUCGUUAGCUGAAGAUAUUAAUGAAUCAAAGACUUCAUGUUGUUGUAUUUCAAAUAUUCUUGCAGUCUAUCGCAUGAAAGUUCGGGCUACUCUUAAAAUUCGAGGCGAUUCAUUCUCCGAUGCCUGCGUCGUAUGCUGGUGUCCAUUUUGUGCUGGUCUGCAAAUGCGCAAUGAAUUAAGAAAUCGUGGCCUGGCAUAA